AUGGCGGUGGUGGCGGCGGCGGUCGUGCGGGACGGCGGCUCCGCGCUGCCGCGCGGCUUCUGGGCGGCGGCGCGCGUCUGGCUGGAGAAGCCGCAGGUGGCCAACAGGCGCCUGUGCGGCGCCGCCAUCGAGGCGGAGGGGCCGGUGCGGCUGGGGGAGGGCGGCGGAGCGGCUCCCCGCUCGGCCGCCGCGGCGGGAGGCGACGUCGGGCAGGAGGCGCUGGAGCGGCUGUGGCGGGAGGUGCGCGGCCAGCUGCCGGCGGGGCGCGGGGCCCUGCUGCUGCUGCCGCCGCCGCUCCGGGCUUGGGGCGGGCCGGAGCUCCACGCCGUGCUGCGGGCGCUGCUGCCGCGGGCCGGGCCGCCCGCCGCGCCGCCGCGGGAGCUCGUUGUGCAAGAUGCCUUUAAUGGGACUGUGACUUUUCUACCUUUGGAGGAAGACAGUGAAGGGAAGUACCAGAUUAAAAAGUGCAAUAUUUAUCAAAUUCAACUUACACAUGUAAAAGAUGAUGAAUGGUCUAUAUCUAUUGUAGUGUCAUCUUCAGAAAAUUGGUUUUCAGAUGGAAUUGCAUACCCCAAAUUAGCAUGGCUUGGCAAUGAGCUGCUGUCCAAACUGGCUAAAUGGUCUGUGGAGAAAAAGCACAGUGAGUUUAAAAAUACUCUGUCACUCAUUCCUGUGGCAAAAUACAGCAAGGUUUAUCAAGAACUUAAAGAAAAAUACAAAGAGAUGGUAAAGGUGUGGCCGGAAGUAACGGAUCCUGAGAAAUUUGUGUAUGAAGAUGUUGCUAUUGCUGCUUAUCUGCUGGUUCUUUGGGAAGAAGAGAGAAGGGAGAAAGGAUUGUCCAAGAAACAGUCAUUUGUAGAUCUCGGCUGUGGAAAUGGUCUACUGGUUCAUAUUCUAAGCAAUGAAGGGCAUUCAGGUAGAGGCGUUGAUGUGAGGAGAAGAAAAAUAUGGGACAUGUAUGGAUCAGAAACUCAUUUAGAGGAAUGUACAAUCACGCCGGGUGACAGUCAUCUCUUCCCAGAUACUGACUGGUUGAUAGGAAACCAUUCAGAUGAAUUAACACCAUGGAUACCUGUAAUUGCAGCUAGGUCUUCUUAUUCUUGUUGCUACUUUGUGCUGCCAUGUUGCUUCUUUGAUUUCCAUGGAAAGUAUAGGCGAAGACAAAGCAAGAAGACUCAGUACAGAGAAUAUCUUGAUUUUGUUUCCCAAGUGGGAUUUGUAUGUGGCUUUCAUGUAGAGGAAGAUUGCCUUAGAAUUCCCUCAACUAAAAAGGUGUGCCUUAUUGGGAAAAACAGGACCUAUCCACCUGUGCAAUGUGCUCUGAUUGACAAGCAGAUAACACAGUAUAUUCAUAAUCGUCAGACUUGCCCUCUGGUCGCACACGACAGAAGAGCUGGAUUUAAUCAUAAUGAUGCCUCUGACAAUGUGUGCAAAGAAGCAGGCACGGAAUUUCCUGGAAGUGAGACUGAGACUGCUGGUAGAAUUUGGAUGCCUGGAUUUCAACCCAGGGAAAAAGUAGAACAAGUCAGAAAUUGUGCUGCUCUCCCUCGGGAUUUUGUAGAUGAUGUGGUUCUGAAUGUGGCAAACUUGCUGUUAAAUGCAACCCAAGAAAAAUCAUGCUGUAAUACACAUAGCGCAAGUAUGAGCACCUGGAAUCAAGGAGAAAGCCUUUCCUUGAAAGAAGUAGCAGAACACUUAAAUAAAGAGACUUUAAAAAGGCUAAAGAGUGAAUAUGGAGGCCUACAGACACUGCUUAAGAACAGCCAUCAAGUAUUUGAAGUUCUAAAUGGGAGAGUUCAUAUUCGUGACUGGAGAAAAAAGAAACCAUCAAGGAAAAACAAGCCUGAAGUAAAACGACGCCUUUCAGCUGAAGCAUUUAAAACACGUCUCUGUUGGUUUUUCAUUCAUCAUCCUGAUGGUUGUUCUUUGCCUUCUGAAUCUUGUCCUUAUGCUCAUGGGACUGAGGAGCUAAGACAGUCUCAGAUUAUGAAAAAGAAAAAACAUACACAAUAAUAAAAUGCUGCAAUUUGUUUUUAAACUUGUGUACCUGAAUGGAUUUUUGAUUGACUCGGACUGCCUAGUGCAUGAACACCUAUAUGAUAAGGUUUUUAUUUCAUUCAUAUGUAUUUUAUUUUCCAAUUUCUUUAUAAAUUCUCCAGUAUUUUAAUUUUUUAAUUUUAUUACUAAUUGAUAGAGUAUGGUAAAAUAUGUAUAUACUUUUGGAUUUUGUUUACUUUUAAAAGAUGUGGCUUGUCUCAUGUAUUUGCAAUAUACUUUGAGUAACUAGAAAAGUAAAAACUCUUAAAAUCAUAGCACAUCAUUUAUCAUCUUUGAUCAGUUCAUUUGUAUACGAUGAUGUAUCUAUGAACCCUGCAAAUUAAUUCAGAGCUUUCCAGUGGGAUUUAUACUUUCCUAUUACUCACUGUGGCUCAGUUGGAAUCAGAAGUAGAGAGAUUUCAUUCUUUUCUGACUUGUGAUAGUCUUCUGUCGCUAUUACUACCUCUUUCUCUCUCUUUUAUUUUAUUUAUUUAUUUAUUUAUUUAUUUUGGAUUGUUGUGGAAGUCCUUAUGUGUUUGGUUAGGGCUUGCUGGGCUAUACUGUGCUUUUUUAAAAUUCUAUUAAAGUAGCUAAGUAUGA